AUGACCAAUGCAAAAAAUAAAUUAAAUUAUUUUAUACAUAAUAUUUUGGAAUUAGAGUUUGAACAAAUAAUGAAAAAUUAUUCAAUUUCAAUUGAAUAUGAUGAUGAUAUGUUUAAUGAUAAUAUUGAAGAAUUUGAUAGAGAUUAUGUUUCUGAUAAAGAUGAUUUAGAGAAAAUUAUACAAUUUGAUUGUGAAAAUUUGGAUGCUAAUGAAAUAAUAGAUUUUGAUACCUUUACAGAAAAACUAAUAAAUGAAAUAAAUUACAAUAACAAUAUAGAAGCUGAGAAAGAACUUGAUUAUAAUAUUAAUGAAGUUAUUAACACAGCUAUGAAUAAUACAAAAUAA